AUGUACUUGUGUCUUUCAACCUGUUUGAACCAGAAGUUUGCUAGUGAGCAAAGGAAAGGCGAGAAUGCUGCUCUCCUCUUCGCGAUCGUUCUUUACAUUCGCCUGCGGCAUCAGGUCAAACCCAGCGCGCGGCGAGUCGCGGCGAGUCGCGGCGGCAGGGGCACGGCGAUCAUCCGAUGCUCGCGCAGCAAGACGGGCAGCGCGUGGCGGAGCAGCAGCGACAAGGAGGAGGCGCGCAAGAUCCUGGAGAGGGGCAAGAAGGAGCUGGGGCCAUACCCUGGCAGGGGCAAGGUCGUGAGGAACAAGGCGCUGGUGCUGGAGCUGGCCAAGGGAUUUAGGGGCAAGAAGGUGCACAGGAUUGCGCGCGAUCGGGUCGCCAAGGCCCUGGAGCACUCGUAUCGCGAUAGGCGGAGGAAGAAGAGAGAUUUCCACAAGCUGUGGAUCACGAGAAUUGGGGCUGCUGCUCGACUCCACGGGCUUGGGUAUAGCGAAUUCAUGCACGGGCUCAAUCGCCAGAAAGUGGAGCUCAAUCGCCAGCUACUGGCAAACAUGGCGAUCUUGGAUCCGGAUUCUUUCAAGAGCCUGGCAGACUCAGUCUCCUCUCUUCCUCCGCUUAAGUCCUCAAUGAUAUGAACUAUACUAGUACUUGCCCAGCAAAAGCUGGGUGGUUUACAAAGAGGUUCAAUAUAAAACCUCUUUAUAAACAGUGUUGAUUGUAAAAACAGAAGGAUCUUGAGGAAGGAAGUGGUCUUUGGCGUGUGGUGUUUUGAACUUUAAUUUCAAGUUCAUGUGGUGAUGUG